ACUCCUAUUGGUACCGUUUCUGUAGAGUCUCUGACAACAGAUAUUACUUCUAUUUCUCCCAUCACAUCCUUAGCCACUCAAACAAGUACAGUCCAUUUUCAGACAUCUCCAGUCUCUAUGCCAGUGACCAGUAUUCACUGGUCAACUGUAUACUUGACAGCAUCCAGUUCGCCUGUAUCAUUUCCAUCUUUCCCAACCACAGAACCAGUACCCACUGAACCCACAGCCUCCACCCCUCCGUUUACCCUACCCACGAUCCCUGCCACCCAGUCCACGUCCACCCCUUCAUCUCCGACUGGGACAUUUACCACAACCAGAACUGAGGUCACCACUCCCACACAUACGUCUCCCCUUGCCACCUUGAUCACAGCAUCCUCGAGCACUCCCUCGACCACAGAAGUUGCCAAGACUGGGACCACAAACAUGGCAACAACACCCACCUCCAUAACAGCUCUCAGGACUUCAGGUGUUUCUCCCUCUUCAGCUUUCCCUAUAUUGAGUACUUCUACUAAUGCGAUAAGUACCCCUUUUGGUACCAUCAUCUCCUCUUCAAUACCUGCAAUAACAAUAUCAUCCCUAUCUUCUACUAGCCCAAGUUCAGGGGUCUCCAUGACAAGUAGCUCUUUUUCUACCUCCUCUCAUAUGUCCAGUGCAGAGAACACAGGCCCUUCCUCUCUCACUGCUUUUCCCAACUUUUCAUCAACUGAAAUGACAAAAACUUCUUCCACCAUGACUUCCCUAAUGACAUCUCCUACCCAGACAACCACCAUGCUGACUCUGUCUUCCACCACCCCGUGUCCAGAAUCCAUAUCAGUUACAAUAGUGUCUGCUUCUCCCACUACACCAUGUAUUGAAGUGGGUUCAAAUGCUGAAGUUACCUCUACACCCACCGUCCCAUUGUCUGUUUUUACCUCUACUACUGAGAUGGCCACCUCUCCCAGUUCCACAACCAUGACAACUCUGUUCCCUGUAAAACCGGACAGUUCUACUUCCAUUCUGGAAACUCACCCCACCAACCAGACUGCUGCUCCUAGUUCUAUCAGCACUGGGAUCACUCCCACUAGCACGGUUUUCCCAAGCACACAAAGAUCCACCACUGGGACCUGGAUCAGCACCAACUUUGUAACUACCCCACGUGUAACAGGCUUCACUAGCCUCCCACUGACCACGAAAUCAAGUAGCAGCUCUUCAUCUUCCAUGGUGACUACAAGUGAGUUGACAACUCCCAGCCCACCCAGAAGAAGUUCCUCAGAGACACCAGCGGACACCACCAAGACUCUCUCCACCGUUACGUCAUCCAGGACAACUUCAACCACAACCCAGAUGACCACACAGUCCAGGGAGACCACCACCCCAGGCACUUGUGAUAAUGGUGGCACCUGGACGCAGGACCGCUGCUCCUGCCUUAGCACUUUCAAUGGCCCCCAAUGCGAGUUCGCUGUGGAAGAGAUAAGUAUGGACAAAGUGGACGCCGAAGUGGGCAUGGAGGUGUCUGUCAACCAGGAGUUCUCCCCGGACCUCAAUGACAACAGUUCUCAGGUCUACAAGGAUUUCACGAAAGCCUUCCAGGAUCAGAUAAAGAAGAUUUACCAGAAUGUGCAGGGGUUCAAGGAGGUGCAGAUCCUUUCUCUGAGGAAAGGCAGCAUCGUGGUGGAAUAUCUAGUCCUGCUGGAGUUACCCUUCAGCCUCCAGCUGGAGGAGGAGUAUGAGAAGGUGAAGGUGGCCUUGAAGGAGGAGCUCCAGAAUGUCAGCCAGGAUGGGAACAGCUGCCAGAAUGACCAAGUCCUGUGUUUUAAGCCUGACUCCAUCAAGGUGAACAACACCACCAGGACGGAGCUGUCACCUGAAGCCAUCUGUCGCCGCGCUGCUGCCGAAGGUUUUGAGGAUUUCUACUUCCCUUUCCUGGAGGAGAACCAGCUCCGCUGUGUCACCAAAUGCACGGCAGGCGUGAAAGGCGCCAUUGACUGCCAUCAGGGCCAAUGCGUUCUGCAGAGGAGUGGUCCUUCUUGCCGCUGCUUCUCCACGGACACGCACUGGUUCUCGGGCCCGCGCUGCGAGGUGGCCAUUUCCUGGAAGGCGCUGGUCGGGGGCCUGGCGGGAGCCGGGGCCCUGCUUCUGCUGCUGCUGGUGGUGACGCUGAGCGUGUUCGUUGUGCGCUCCCGGAGGAGGGAUAGGCAAGGCCGAGGCCGGUGAGUGAGCUGGGGGUGGAUGGGUGAGGGGAAAGGCGUCCCGGACCAGGUUACCCUACCCUGAUGACGUGGCGGCCUUCUGGAAGGUCCAGGGAUGACAGGAAGUGGUUCGAGACCUGGAAUGAGAACUCUACGGGGACUUUUUCUAACUAAAGCUUCGUAGAUGACAGUGAGUCUUGACUCCUGGCAAAGGUGGGGGGUGCUUCCCUGGGCAUCAUUUCCUCCCCGGGAGACUAGAGGACUUCUCUUGUCCAAGAUAGGCAUUUACCUCCUGCCCUUGCUGCUUCCAUGCGCCCCCCUCUAAGGCCCAAGUCCUGCACAGGCCAUCCCUGCAGGGCAGGCCCAGGGGCCCAGGAAUGCCCUGAGGCCCUGCCUUCCUCACUUUCCUUCCCUCCCCCUUUUACUCCCCACCUCUUCCUCUUCCUCCCCCUGUUCUCUUUUCUCUCUCUCUAGUUAACGAAGAAAACUUCCCUGUGGCCUUGGACACCGUGGACACCAAUGCCAGGGUGCAUAUUCACAGACCUGAGGUGGUCUCGUCCUCACUGUGAGCCCACACAGCCCUCUCCACCUGCCCGGACAGCGGAGAGAACCAUCUGCACUGCCUUUGGAGAGAUGGCCACGGGCUCGUGCGGCUCAGUCUCCUGGUUUCCUAGGGCAUAACAGACCUCCGCCUACCCUCAUCCUUCCCCCAACUUGGGUGAAACCCACCUGGAGACCCAGUUCAAAUCCACGCUCUUCCACUGUGGGACCUUGGGCAAGUCAGUAACUUCUCCGAACUUCGGUUUUGUCACCUGCAAAAUGCAAGUGGCCACUCCUCCUGGUACUUCCUGUUGGUUAUAGUGAAACCAGAUGUCUUGGGUCCGACCUCUGUCCCGAUGCACCUUCCUGUGUCGGCCUUCGUGCUCAUAUGGCUUCACUCACAUCCCCAGUCCCCGUGUCCUUCCCCGAGGCUCAGGCCUCUGCCUCUCUUUUUCCUGUGUGCAUCCCUACUGCCAGCCAGGUCCCCCCCAGUACCUGUAAGCAGCCUGCAGCCUGUCCCAGCCUCCUACCCUGUCCUUCUGUAACUCCCUGCUGCGCCCCUCCACCACUUCUUAACCCUCUCCCCUCUGAAGCUGCUGCCUCUGCUGCUAAGUCGCUUCAGUCAUGCCCGACUCUGUGCGACCCCAUAGAGAGCAGCCAACCAGGCUCCUCCGUCCCUGGGAUUCUCCAGGCAAGAAUCCUGGAGUGGGUUUCCAUUUCCCUCUGAACCCACUUCUUCUUAAGUCCCUCCUCCCCCACACUCCCGCCCUGUGUCUCCCUGUUUCCAUACUUUCCCCUUCCUCAUCUUUUUACCCUCAACCCUAAAUCCCCCCUGCUCCCCACAUCUCCAUGCCCCACUCCUAAAUCCUCCCUUCUCCCCACUCCCUCUCCCUAGGUAGGUACAGAUGCCCUCUGCAUCUUAGGACCCCCAACUGGGGCUCCCUAGGCCAGGUCCCCCAUUCUGAGUCCCCAUCCUUCCUGUCACCCCUAAGGGCCCUGGAUCCAGGUGGGUGGGGGGUGGCAGGUAGGUUCCCGGGCCCCUGAAGAUGAGGGGAAGAGGGGACCUGAGGUGGGAAAGCUCCCUCAGCACUCCCUCCCCAUUCCCCUAACUCUCCCUCCUCUCCCUUUGUGGCCCCCACUUCCUACCCCUCCCCCACCUCUCCUCACCCUUCCUCUCCCUGGCUCACCCCCAUCUCUGCUGUAACCUGUGAAGCCAGGAGCCCAGCCUCCUUUGCAGGAAGACCUCACCUGGGGACAGGAAGUCUGCAAGUCUCCAGUUCAACCAGCUGUACAUAAUGUAAUAUUUGUUGUAAACAAAACAAAACAAAACAGAAAACCUGCU